AAGAAGUUAAGAACAACAAAAGUUGCUUUUGGUUUUGGUUUCUGUUGGCUUCCCACACCUUCUCCCUUACUCUGAAUACUAGAAGCAUUUUGGGAAGCAACAGAGAAGAGAGGAAAGGAGGAAGAGGGAUAGGGGAAGAGCAGAGAGAAAGAAGAAAUCUGUGAGAACAUCCCUGAACAGUUUGGGCGGAAGCUUCGUGAAACAGGUGACCAUAACUUCAGCUGAGAUCAUGCAAGCUCCCAUAUGUCUGGUGGAAAACAGAAAUGAAGAGCUGAUGGUAAACCAGCAAGCCCUGCGAAUUCUAACUUCCAUUACUAAGCCUGUGGUGGUGGUAGCCAUUGUUGGCCUGUAUCGUACUGGAAAAUCCUACCUACUGAACAGGCUGGCAGGAAAGAACAAAGGCUUCUCCCUUGGCUCCACCAUUCAGUCUCACACAAAGGGCAUCUGGAUGUGGUGCAUUGAUCACCCCACAGAACCUGACCAUAUCGUAGUACUGCUUGACACUGAGGGUCUCGGAGAUGUGGAAAAGGAAGACUCCAAGAAUGACUCCUGGAUCUUUGCCCUGGCCAUCUUGCUCAGCAGUACUUUUGUCUACAACAGCAUUAGCACCAUUAGCCACCAGGCCUUGGAACAGCUAUAUGUGACAGAACUCACUGAGUUAAUAAAAGUCAAAUCUUCAUCUAACCCCAUUGAAGGAGAAGAUGCAGAAGAAUUUGUGGGCUUCUUCCCAGAUUUUGUGUGGAUUGUGCGGGAUUUUAUCCUGGCGCUUGAGCUAGAUGGACAGCCCAUCACCUCAGAUGAGUACCUGGAAAAUGCCUUGAAACUCAGUAAAGGAAAGAACCCCAGAGUUCAAUCAGCAAACCUUCCACGAGAAUGCAUCAGAAAAUUCUUUCCCAAUCGGAAAUGUUUCACUUUUGACCAUCCAACAAAUGAUAAGUCACUCUUAUCCCAUCUUGAAGAUGUCAAUGACAGCCAACUGGAUCCUAUUUUCAAAGAACAAGCCAACAACUUCUGCUCUUACAUCUUUUCUAGUGCAAAACCCAAGACCCUUAGUGGGGGUAUCAUGAUCAAUGGAAUUCGGCUGGGGAUGCUGCUGGAGACCUAUGUGAAGACCAUCUCUAGUGGGGAUAUUCCCUGCCUGGAGAAUGCAGUGUUGGCAUUGGCCGAGACUGAGAACUCAGCUGCUGUGCAAAAAGCUAGCAAUCAUUACAAAGAGCAGAUGAUUGUAAAAAUGAACGUGCGCACCGAAACUCUCCAGGACCUGCUAAACCUACAUGCAGAUUGUGAGAAAGAAGCCAUCUCCAUUUUUAUGAAGCAUUCUUUCAAGGAUGACACACACAAGUUCCAGAAAAAGCUGGUGGAAAUCUUGGAAACCAAGAAGAAUGAGUUCAUACAUCAAAAUGAGGAAGAGUCAAUUGAAUAUUGUCAAACUAAGCUUGACUACCUCUCACAGAAACUGAUGGAAUCCAUUUCUCUUGGCACCUUCCUUGUUCCAGGGGGUUAUAAGCUCUACAAGAAAGAAAGAGAAAAUGUAUUGAACAGUUAUGAUCAAGUACCCAGGAAAGGGAUAAAGGCAUAUGAGGUCCUCCUAAAGUUUGUAAAUUCACUGACAAUGAUAGAAGAAUCCAUCCUGCAGACAGAUCAUGCACUCACUGAACAAGAGAAGGCAUUGGAAGCUGAACGAGUCAAAAGAGAAGCAGCAGAGAAAGAGCAGAUGUUGUUGGAUGAGCAAGAGAAGGAAAUGAAACAAAAGAUGGAAGCUCAACUGAGAACUUAUGAAGAAAACAUAAAACAAUUGGAAAUGAAGAUGGAGGAAGAUAGAAAUCAGAACCUGAGAGAACAGGAAAUGAUGCUGGAACAUAAGCUGAAGGAACAAAAGAGGCUGAUGGAGGAAGGGUUUUAUGACAAAGCUGAAGCAAUGAUGAAACUCAUAGAGAAGAUACGGAAAAACAUUAAGUUUGCUGAGAGUAAAAUAUCCUCCUGGUGGACCUCAAUGUUUGAUGCUCUUCGCACUCAAUUGAGGGUCAUAUUACCUGGUGCAGGGAAACUCCUUAGAUUUGGAUCAUUGGACCAUUCUAUGCCAUAAUCAAAUGAGUUUCACUUUCUCAAAAGAAAGUUAGGGAAUAUAAUUUUUCUGCCUAAAAACUCCCAUAAAACUGAGAUCUCUUUGUA